AUGACAUUUUUGGACUUUAGCGCCCUGCAUGAACCGUCAAACAUCUUCACUAUUGCCAACAAAGCCUUGAAGCUCACUUCUGCUGAAGAUGUCGAACCCAUCUUGAACGAUCUAAAUAAGUUACCUAAAGUCACGAAGAUUGACUUAUCGGGGAAUACAAUCGGCAUUGAAGCUUCCAGAGCGCUGGCAAAUGCUAUUCUUCAAAAUACAGCGGUGAAGGACAAUUUGAUCGAAGUUAAUUUCGCAGACUUGUACACCUCUCGGUUGGUGGAUGAGGUCGUUGAGUCCUUGAACCUUUUUGUGCCCGUCUGGUUAGCGUGUCCCCAGCUACAAAUCGUCAAUCUGUCUGACAAUGCAUUUGGUCUGAGGACAAUCGAUUCAUUGGAAACCUAUAUUAGCCAAGCAGCACAGUUGCAACACUUGAUCUUGUCCAACAAUGGUAUGGGCCCCUUCUCGGGGGAAAGGAUCGGAAAAGCUCUGUUCAAACUGGCCAAACUCAAGCAAGAAAAGAAAAAACCGCUUCUUGAAACGUUCAUUUGUGGCCGGAACAGGCUUGAAAAUGGAUCUGCCACUCAUUUGGCCCUGGGUCUCAAGGCUCACGGCUCUGGUUUGAAGACUGUGAGGCUAUACCAAAAUGGUAUAAGGCCACAAGGUGUUGCCGUUUUAAUCAAGUACGGGCUCAGCAAUAAUGAAAAGCUAGAAGUGUUAGAUCUACAGGAUAACACCUUUACCACCAGCGCUUCUUUAAUACUGGCCGAGGUUUUGCCAGUAUGGCGUGAAACACUUAUUGAGUUAAAUGUCAACGACUGUCUGUUAAAAGGGCCAGGCGCGAAUGCUGUUAUGGAAUCCUUGGCUAACCAUAAGUUCCACAAUUUGCACACCCUGAAAUUACAAUACAACGAGUUGACUCAUGAAACGUUGGUUUCGAGCUUGCUACCAGCUUUACAAUCUGAGAAGUUUCCCGCUCUAAAGUUUCUGGAACUGAAUGGCAACAGGCUCGAAGAGGACUCUGAGGCCCUGGCAGAACUGGAAGAGGUUUUUGACGGCACUUUGGAUGAACUAGACGAUUUGGAAGAAUUGGACAGUGAGGAAGAAAGCGAGGAGGAAGAAGAAGGCGAAGAGGAGCAAGGGUUCGUCACGUCAGCAGACGUUGAAGCAGCAGAAAAGGCUCUCUUGGAAUCCCAGGUCGAAGACCUCACAGACCAGUUGGCCAAUGCCUCGAUUUAG